AUGUCCGCCGCAGCAGUCUCCCUCGUCGAGACGGCCAAGAAGGCUGCCGCCUACCGCGCCGUUGACGAGCACCUCUCUCCUUCGGCACGCUUCGUCGGCAUCGGCUCCGGCAGCACUGUCGUCUACGUCGUCGACGCUAUCGCUGCAAAGGGCCCUUCCUUCCACUCCAACAUAACCUUCCUUCCCACUGGCAGCCAGUCCAAGGGCCUCAUCCGCGCUGCCGGCCUGCGCCUGUGCAAUCUCGAUGAGCGGCCCCUGGGCGCCGACGGCAAGCUCGUGCCCAUUGAUGUCGCCUUUGACGGCGCCGACGAGGUCGACGCAGAUCUCAACUGCAUCAAGGGCGGUGGCGCAUGUCUCUUCCAGGAGAAGCUCGUUGCCAUUGCCGCUAAGAAGUUUGUUGUUGUAGCUGACUACCGCAAGCUCUCUUCGAGGCUGCUCACCAACUGGAAGGCCAUCCCCAUCGAGGUCCUCCCCAUGUCCGCCCCGGACGUGCUCGACAGGCUGACGGCUCUAGGCGCCGUCAAGCCCCUCGUGCGUCCUGGCGCGCCCGGCAAGGCUGGCGAGGUCGUCACCGACAACGGCAUGUGGCUGAUCGAUGCGCCCUUCCCCCAGCUGCUCCUGCCCCAGGACCUGACAGACGCCUCGUCCCAGCAGCUGGGUCGCAACUCCGCCGGCGCGUGGGAGGUCUCUGCGCUCGCCAAGGAGCUGCUCAUGAUCCCCGGCAUCGUCGAGAUCGGCAUCUUCCACGGCAUCAACGGGCUGCAGGCGGCCCAGGCUGGCAAGGAGGGUCUGGCUCAGAAGCCGGUCGCCGCCUACUUCGGCAUGGAGGACGGCAGCGUCAAGGUUACGGUCAGCCCAUAG